AUGAUGAUGGCUUAUCAUCGAUUACCACCGUUAAGCUCGAAACUUCAGGCCGAAGAGCAGAUUUCUGAGACGCUUCGAACGCCUGCAGCGCCGUCGUACGCCCGCGAGAGCAUCCCGAAGCCGUCGCCUUUAAUAUCUAAAAUGGUACAUGAGGCUUGUGCUCCCUUAGAUCCUGGGCCUUGUACGACUCCGGCUGCGGUAUCUUUCCAAUCUACGUCAUCCUCAGCGCCCGAACCAAUAUUAGCGCAGCCAGUGGCCGAAAGCGAUCCAACGCUCCCCAUCAGAUGGCCAUCACAGAUCGCCCAGAGCAGCAGUACCAUGUGGCUAUUACCUCCUGGCUCGGACCAAUCCUCCGCGAUUGCCCAGCUUCUUCGGACAGAGAUCCAAUCGCAUAACAUCACACGGGAAAUGCUGCAUGCAACUGAAACUCGUCGUCUAGAGGCGGCUCAGAAUUACAAUCGCCUGUUGGCUGACACGCACAGCUGGGCCACAGCAUACAAUAAUAUGACUUCAGCUCUCUACAAAUGCUUGGAAGAGUGCUCUCGUUUGUCAGCCGAGAACGCGUUAUUAAAAACGCGGCUGCAUUGCGUCAAUAUGCAGAUACAUCUUCUCCGGAAGGAACUUUUACGCCAAUUUAGCGAAGAAAACCAGGUUGAAUCUGUGAGCGUCGACUCUAACUCCGAUGCCUCCGCAACGAGUUGGACAGAAGCACAACUUGAGCUGGAAGACUCGCCGUCGCCUUAUUUUCUAGAGUGUUAG